AUGUCGGCGGAAAUUGAGUCGCAUAUUCUGAAGAAGUAUGAGAUUCAAGCACAGCUAGGACAGGGUGCCUACGGCAUCGUUUGGCGCGCCCUGGAGCGCAAACACAACCGCGUCGUUGCACUCAAGAAAAUUUACGACGCCUUCCAAAACUCGACCGAUGCGCAGCGCACCUUCCGCGAGAUCAUGUUUCUGCACCGGCUGCACCACCCGAACAUCAUCAAACUGCUGCACGUCCAUCGUGCCUUCAACGAUCGCGACAUAUACCUGGUCUUCGAAUACAUGGAGACCGACCUGCACGUGGUGAUUAGGGCAAACAUCUUGGAGGAAAUCCACAAACAGUUCAUCAUCUACCAGCUGCUCAAGACGAUGAAGUACCUGCAUUCUGCUGAGAUUCUUCAUCGUGACAUGAAACCAAGCAAUCUGCUGGUAAACAGCGACUGCACAAUGAAGGUGGCUGACUUCGGUCUCGCGCGCUCUAUCCUGUCCCUUGAGGGCGAGCAGGCGUCACGGCCGGUGCUAACGGACUACAUUGCGACACGGUGGUACCGCCCGCCGGAGAUUUUGCUCGGUUCGACACGAUACACCAAGGGCGUAGAUAUGUGGUCGGUGGGCUGCAUUCUUGCGGAGUUGAUGCUGGGAAAGCCCAUCUUUCCCGGCCGCUCCACCACGAACCAGUUGGAGCUGAUCUGCAGCGUGACGGGCAUGCCCUCCGCGGCGGAUGUGGCGGCGACCAACUCGCAGUUUGCUCACGCGAUGCUUCGCGACAUCCACUGCGCGCAUCGACGCACGUUCGCUGAGCUGCUGCCGAGCGCUUCUGCCGAUGCGCUGGACCUGAUCGAGCGCUUUAUGCGUUUCAACCCGAACCGUCGUAUAUCUGCCGCCGAGGCCCUGGAGCACCCGUACGUCGCUGCCUUUCACCGUCCUGACGAGGAAGCGGUGGCACCGGAACCCAUCACCGUCUCUCUUCCCGACAGCCAGCGUUUGCCCUUGGCCAAGUACAGGGACGCCAUCUACGAGCAAAUUGCCGCACUGCGCCGUAGCUCCACGUCCGCCGAUCAACGGCAGCGCGCGGAGCGACAGACCGCCGGCAGCACCGCUAGCCGCAAGACGUCCGUCAGCAGCACCGCCGCACGGGCGGCUCCCCAGCGCAGUGCUGUGAAGCCCACCUCGACUAGUGCGGUCAGCGAAGCAUCAUCUUCGAAGGCGUACGCCCGUCCCGCCUUCCGCUCGGCAACGUCUGCCGCCUCUGGUCUGGAAAGUAGACCCGUCGCGCGUGAGGCAGCGGUGCGCAAGUGA